AUGUCAGCGCUGGGGAGUUUGAGUCAAGGAAAUCAACAGUUACUACAAGAUCUACAAAAUGAACUAACGACCGCUAAUCAACUUCUAAGACUGAUAUCAUUAGAAUUAGAGCAAAUCAAGACCUUUACUAACCCUGCAGGAGAUUUUGCAGCCAAUAUACAAAAGAAUGCAGAACUCAUGAAGAAGCUAGCAAACCUUCAACAGGUAGACCUAACCAAAUUACCACCUUUUACUAGAAAAUACAUAGAUCUGAAUGAGAAUGCAAACCAAAAUGUGUCUUAUGAAGAACACAAUACAUUCAGAAAUGAGUCUGAAAUGGAUGAAAGUCAGUAA